GGGACAAAACCAUCACCCGUCGACGUCUGCGCCAAGUACACCUUUGGUCAGCCGUUGAUUGGAGCCACCGUAACGAUGUCUGUCACGGACGGUUCCAACCCAAACGAACGCGUCAAAGUCGGCGACACUCUCUCGACGGACGAGACAGGCUGUGCAUCGUCUGAUCUGAUUAUGGAUGAACUGUUCGCUCGCUUGGUGUCGACCUCAGCAUGAACGUCACUGUGGAGGAGUUUGGCACGGGUCUCAGCCAAUCAGAGAUGAGACCAGUGCACAGAGACAUCUCCAGAACCGUCUCGGCCUCCGUUCCGGACAACGCACAGCUGUUCAUCAAGCCCGGCCUGCCCUACUACGGCCGGCUCCACGUCAAAGAGAGGGAUGGCUCGCCUUUCGCUGAAAAAAUCGUGGAGAUCUGCUUCGAAGCCAAGUACAAGGAGAAAGCCGCCGUGCAGAGCGGGGUGGACCCGCCGAGGACUCCUGACGAUGGCUUUUUUCUCGCUUAUAAAAGGCACUCGGAGCUUGUGCGAACCAAGUUCGGCUACACGCCGCUGAUCUGGGAGACGGAGCCUCCGCAGCGGCUCUCGAUGGCCAUCCAGUGCCGCGACUUCAUCACUGACAGCCAGGGCCGCGUCGUCUACUUCAUCCCGCCGCAAGCGCCGCUCGUGGACAGUGUUGACGUCAGGCUGACCGGGCGCCACGGCGGCAGAGCCCUCAGCCGCGAACUCGUGGCUUUCGUCUCCCCCUCCAACUCCUACCUAACCAUCGACGCCCACCUGCUGCCCGACGAACUGCCAUGCCGCGGUGACGUCACCGUCCAGCUGCUGACGUCAUUGGAGACGGACGUGCCGCCAAUGGUGUAUCAGGUGAUGACGCGCGGCCAGAUCCUGCAAUCGGGCCAGGUGUCCAUCUCGAACCUGACGCUGUCAGUGACGCCGAACAUGAGCCCGCAGUUCAAGCUGCUGGUGUUCUUCGUGCUGGACUCGGGCGAGGUGGUGAGCGACGCGGUUGUCCUCAACGUGGAGAAGUGCUUCAACAACCAGGUGGACGUCAGCUGGGACAAGCAGACGGCCCGGCCCGGGGAGUCCGCCUCCUUCACCGUCAGCGCCUCGCCCGACUCCGUGUGCGGCGUUAGCGCCGUGGACCGGAGCACAGAGCUGCUGGGCACCGACAACCAAAUCACCGUGGAUGGCGUGUUUGCCCGUCUCCGGCAGUUUGUCUCACAGGCCCAUGACACGCCAGUGCAGGUGACCACGGAGGACUACUGCCUAACGCAGCAGAUUAGCGUGGUUAACACCUUGCUACGGAGCGGUGUCUCGAUUGAGGAGCUGGGAGAGGACGCCAUGCGAUCCUUUACAAGGCAUGGCAGCAUCAGACUCCAGAAACCGGGACGAAGCAGAGACCCGCCCAGCUUCAGAACCGACCGGCUCGACGCGCUCAAGGCAUUCGACGAGACGGGCUUUCUGGUGAUGAGCAACCUGGUUCUGGAGACGAGAACCUGCUACAAACUCAUGCCGCCCCCUCCGGUACUGAUGGAAGAUGGUGUAUUCCUGCUGGAUGUCUUCACCACGGUUAUCCCCCCCUUCCUCCAGGGCUCUCCUCUCUGUAUUCUGCAGGCUUAUAAAGCCAUUGCCAUCAUGGGACAUGCGAGGAACAAGUGGAGGCUUUGGAUGAAUAAUUUUAACUCCAUGAUAGAUACUGUCGUGUGGUUAUGCUCUGAUAUUUUUGAAACGAAUAUAACCCGUUUCAUGAUGUGUGAUUCAUAUUUGCGUGAGCGGCUUUUGCCCGUGACCCUGCUGAACCCCGUUGAUCUUGCUGUCACCAUCCAGAGGAGAAUCGGCUUCUCAGCACAAGACUUCGGCUUUCUUAGAAAGACACAACCAGAUUCCAGAGCAGGUAUAGCAGGUCAAGCUGGUGAAGCAGAGUUUCCAGCAAGUCCGCCCGAGGGGGCUCCCAUCGGGGACCAGGUUCGGGACUUCCUCCCAGAGGCAUUUCUCUUCUCCAUCGAGACGCUUGGUCCGGAGGGCACCAAAGUGCUGGCCCAGAACAUGCCCGACACCAUCACAUCGUGGGUUGGCUCAGCCAUCUGCUCCCACCCCCAGGACGGGUUCGGUGUCUCCAACAAGUCAAACAUCAGGACAUUCAAGCCGUUCUUCACGGAGGUCACGCUGCCGUACUCCGUGAAGCGAGGAGAGAUUCUGAACAUGCCGUCAACCGUCUUCAACUUCCUCAACUCCAGUCUGUCGGUGUACCUGGAGCUGGCAGCGUCGAAUGAUUAUUCGCCGGCGAACGAAGUCUCGCCCGCGGGCAUUGCCCUCUGUGUGCCGGCGGGCGGCUCCAAGGUCAGACACUUUCCGCUGACCUUCGCCUCCCUGGGCGAGGUCAACAUUACCGUCACGGCCAGACUCCGAGACGGCAACUGUGAUCAGCCCAACGCCGUCGGCCCCGGCAGUGACACGAUCAUCCGUCCGCUAGUGGUCAAGCCCGAGGGAUUCCCGCAGGAGGAGACGACGUCGCGGUUCGUGUGCCUGGACCGGGGAGCUGAGCCUCACGUGGAGCGGAUCCCGAUGGUGGCUCCUGAAGGCCUGGUGCCGGAUUCUGAGCGGGCCUAUUUCUCCAUAGUGGGGGAUCUGCUCGGACCCUUCCGUCAGAACCUGGGUCGCCUGUUGGACAUCCCGACCGGUGGAGGAGAGACCAACAUGUUGGCCUUCGUGCCGUACAUCACCGUGAGGGCGUACCUGGAGCAAACCGGACUGCUGACUCGCCGGGACCGGGACCGGACCACCAAUGGCAUGAGACAAGGGUAUCAGUCACAGCUGCGGUACAGACGCCCGGACGGCUCGUACUCCUCGUUCGGCCAGGACGACCCUGAAGCCUCGCUGUGGCUCACCGCUCUCAUCGUGAAAUCCCUUAAGGAAGCGUCCGAGUACAUCGAUAUCGACAAGGAGUCGACCAAGAAAAGUGUGAGCUGGCUGGUGCAGCAACAGCAGGAUGACGGCUGCUUCCCCCUCCUCGGCAGCGUCAUUCACAAAGAGCUAAAGGGCGGCGCAGAGCGGGGCGGUCCAGCUGCCCUGACGGCGUUCGUCAUGCUCGCCAUCGGGACCGACAACAGCAGCAGUGUGGAUAGAGGCUUCACCUGCCUGGAACAGGGCAUCAGUCUGACCAGCAAGACACUGUACGCCGAGGUGCUGCUGGCCUACACACACGUGACACUGGGCCGGGAACAGCGCGGCCAGCAGCUGGUCUCCGCCCUGAUGCAGAAGGCCAAGACGGACGGACCGGACGCCCUCUUCUGGGAAGGCGAUCGCCGUUCCAUCUACGGCGGCAGUCGGGCGGUGGACAUUGAGAUGACGGCAUACAUGGUGCUCUCCCUGGUCCAGCUCUCGGGUCAGGAGAACAUGGAGCAGGCGGCGCGGGCCGUCAAGUGGAUCAACAGGCAGCGUAACAGACUGGGCGGCUGCCUAUCCACACAGGACACCAUCGUGGCGCUGCAGGCGCUGACAGAGUUCGCCAAACGCACUUUCUCCUCCGAGUUAUCCACUCGUGUGACGGUUAGCGCUGGCGGACCCCCCUCCACAUUGGUGGUGGACUCGUCCAACCGCCUGCAGCUGCAGCAAGAAAAGGUGGCGGACUUUGAGCUGCCAGCUGAGGUCACCUUCACCGUCACCCCGGCCGGCUGCGUCACCUACCGCACCAGCCUCCGCUACUCCAGCCGCGCUCGAGUGCCAAAGCCAGCCUUCUCGCUGGCGAUGACCUCGGAGGCUCGCCCCAGCCGCUCUCCAGGUAGUUCGUAUGAGCUGGAGGUGUGCUCCGCCUACAUCGGGGACUCUGGCGAAUCGGAGCGCGUCGUGCUGGAGGUGGAGAUGCCCUCGGGCUAUAUUGCCGUCAGCAGCACACUGAGAAGUCUCCGACGCAUCGGCGUGGUGCGGAAGUAUGACUUCAGGAAUGGUAAGGUGACCUUCACGCUGUCUAAGGUCACCGAGGAGAAGGUGUGCCUCAAGUUCCGUAUCAUCCGAGAGAACGAGGUGGAUGGCCUGAAGCCGUCGGUGGUGCGGGUCUACGACCUCUUCAGGCCUGAGGACCGCAAUAUUCUGGAGUACGAGCUCUCGUCUGCGUUUGCUCCCGCCGCUUGAGGCUUCUGAUAAAGACCUGUCGUGCCUCUUACCGAUUAUCGAAGAGACGGAAACGUGUCGCUCAGGCUUAGCCAGAAGUCUUCAGCAAACAUCCAAGUUCACAAAUAUUGAUGGGCAUGUGUCGAAUGGCUUUCAACCAAGGACUGCAGGGCGCAUAUGCUACGAAAUUUUCAAAACGGCCCCGGUAGACAAAUUGUGCGUGUGAAAACAGCAUUUAUGCUACUAACGUUGAGAGUGCGGGACACGGACAGCUGAAACAAAGUGGUCGACGCUUUCAUGCAUGGGGCGCGACUCGCAAAUACUAACCACUAAACUAUAAAACUAUCAUACUAACUACUAAAAGCAAAUACUCUGUAGAAAUAUGCCUUGAAAAACAUUAACGCUUUUGCGCGCUUUAUGAAGUACUUGUUUGUGGUUGUUAAUGCAAACCGCUGAGAUGAAUUUAUACAUCGCCUUACCGUUUUAUUCUGUAUGAGUGGUGCUCUCGGCACUGUGUGACUUUUGAUUCCUACUUGCAAUCGCGUAAGGGCGUUUGUGCAGGCACCGCAAUUUUAGAAAUGUGAAGAAAUACAUUUGGCUCUUUGCA